AUGACUUUGAAUCAAGAGCCUUUGAAACCUUCUUCAUCAGAGGAGACUUCAAUCUCAUCAUCUCUCUUCAUUGCCUUUGGUAUCGAUCAUAGUGGUUUAGUUAGAACCGGCUUGUACCGGAUAUGUCAAUACGAAAGGAGAUUUCUUGAGCAGCAAGGAAGCUACCAACAUGCUCAAACAAGGAGGUGGUGGUCGGAUCAUACUCCUUACAUCUUCCAUGAGACCCAAGGUUUGAAAUCUGGAUUCGGCGCCUAUGCAGCAUCAAAAUCAGCAGUGGAAACAAUGGUCAAUAUUCUUGCGAAAGAGCUCAAAGGAACAGGAAUCACCGCAAACUGUGUAGCUCCAGGACCCAUCGCCACUGAGAUGUUCUUUGAAGGAAAGAUCUCGGAGUUGAUGGAGAAGAUAGCCGCAUAG